AUGUAUCCAAGCCUAAUCUUUUGCCUCGCCUUCUGCUGUUCCUGGAGCGCAACAGCACUACCGCAAUCCCAGCAAGCCACAUCAUCAGCCCCGGCAUCCACAUCGUCAACUCCUGCCGCACCUAGAGCAGUCUCCGACGAAUGCGCCGAUCCCAAACGUCCCGCAAACAUCCCCUGCGGCGUCUGGCUCGGCGUGAGUGACCAAGCCAUGCCUUUGCAACAAGACCCCUCCCUCACACUCUCCGUAACCCCAAUCAAGGCCGCUGCGUCCAUCUCCGACGACGAAAUACUAGACACCAGCCUUCUCCACGACGCACUUGGAGUUCUCAUCAGUGAUGUCAAGCUUUUCAUUGCGUCAGGCGAGCCUUACAAUCCCAACGAACUUGACUUGCAUCAGGUUGCCAAAUCUAGCGGAAGUGGGUCGGUGUCCAUCAAAUUCGCGCAGACGCAGGACCAGUAUGCCAAUGUGCAGCCUUUUACGCUCAACGGGUUGCUCAAUCUUUGGUAUACGCUGUCGGAAAUGGAAGCGAAAGUCAGUUCGUCUCUACAGCUCAAGAAGAAGGAUGGGACUGUGGUCGGGCAGGGCUGUGUAUCUACGGCGAGUGUUCCGGACUGCUAG